ACCAUACCUUCCUCUCUGCCCCCUCACUCUUCAUUCCCCUGCAUUUUUUUUUUUUUGAAUCAAACUAAACUUGUUUGUGAUCAUCAUAUCAAUCAUAUCAAUGGCUUGCUUAGAGUUAGAGGGAAAGUUGAAUGAUGAUGAGGAGCAAGAAGAAUUGACUCUUGAUGGGAGUGUGGAUUUGCAUGGCCGUCCUGCUAUCAGAACCAAAUCUGGAACAUGGCUUGCUGGAAUUAUCAUUCUCUUGAACCAAGGUCUGGCAACCCUUGCAUUCUUUGGAGUUGGAGUGAACCUGGUGCUGUUCCUGACAAGGGUGGUAGGACAAAACAAUGCUGAAGCAGCAAACAAUGUGAGCAAGUGGACUGGGACUGUUUACAUCUUCUCUCUCGUGGGUGCUUUCCUAAGUGAUUCUUACUGGGGAAGAUACAAAACUUGUGCUGUUUUUCAAGUCAUCUUUGUACUCGGUCUAUCAUCCUUAUCCCUAUCAUCAUACCUCUUCUUGGUUAAGCCUAAAGGUUGUGGGAAUGAAUUGGUUCAAUGUGGGAAACAUUCAAGGUUGGAGAUGGGGAUGUUCUACCUUUCAAUCUAUCUCAUCGCCCUGGGCAAUGGAGGCUAUCAACCCAAUAUUGCCACAUUUGGGGCAGAUCAGUUUGAUGAGGAGCACUCAAAGGAGGGUCCCUCAAAGGUGGCAUUUUUUAGCUAUUUCUACCUGGCUUUGAACCUUGGCUCCCUCUUCUCAAACACCAUUCUAGGCUAUUUUGAAGAUGAAGGAAUGUGGGCACUUGGGUUCUGGGUAUCUGCAGGCUCUGCCUUAGCCGCACUUAUUUUGUUCCUUGUAGGCACACCAAGGUAUAGGCACUUCAAGCCCAGUGGCAACCCUCUCUCCAGAUUUUGCCAAGUUCUUGUUGCUGCAUCAAGGAAAUGGAAAGUCCAAAUGCCAUCAAAUGAAGAGGAGUUAUAUGAUAAGCAUACAAUAGAUUCUGCCACCAACAGCAACAGAAAGAUUCUCUACACUCACGGGUUCAAGUUCUUGGAUAGGGCAGCAUAUAUAUCCUCAAGAGAUCUAGAGGACCAAAAGAAUUCCCUUUACAACCCUUGGCACCUCUGUCCUAUAAGUCAGGUUGAAGAAGUUAAAUGCAUACUGAGACUUCUUCCAAUUUGGCUUUGCACCAUAAUAUACUCAGUGGUUUUCACACAAAUGGCUUCUCUUUUUGUGGAACAAGGUGCAGCCAUGAAAACCACUAUUUCUCAUUUCAGAAUACCACCGGCUAGCAUGUCAAGCUUUGAUAUCCUCAGUGUAGCUGUCUUCAUUUUCUUUUACCGUCGAGUUCUUGAUCCGUUUGUGGGAAAACUUAAGAAGUCAGACUCUAAGGGUCUUACUGAACUUCAAAGAAUGGGAGUCGGACUCGUCAUAGCUGUACUAGCAAUGGUUUCUGCCGGGUUAGUUGAAUGCUAUAGGCUUAGGUAUGCCAAACCAGGAUGCAUCCACUGCAAUGGCACAAGCUCUCUAAGCAUCUUCUGGCAAAUCCCUCAGUAUGCAUUUAUAGGAGCUUCUGAAGUGUUUAUGUAUGUAGGCCAGUUAGAGUUCUUCAAUGCUCAAACACCCGAUGGCUUAAAGAGCUUUGGAAGUGCACUUUGCAUGACAUCCAUCUCCCUUGGGAACUAUGUCAGCAGCUUACUUGUAAGCAUGGUUAUGAAGAUAUCCACUGAGGAUCACAUGCCUGGGUGGAUCCCUGGAAACCUCAACAGAGGCCACCUAGAUAGGUUUUACUUUCUCUUAGCGGUCUUGACAUCUAUGGACUUGAUCGCUUAUAUUGCAUGUGCAAAGUGGUACAAGUGUAUCCAACUGGAAGGGAAAUGUGAAGAGCAUGAUGAGGCAAGUAGUUUCAAAGUCUAAUUUUCCAGGGACAUAAUUCAAAGGCAAUGGUAACAAUAUAUGUUAAUAAGAGAAAGAAUGGAGAAACUAGUCUAUAUAACCUUGGUUAUAGUUGCUACUUGCUACUGGAAGAAAAGUUUUGCUUGUUUGCAGUAAGAGAAGCCCUUCUAAUCAGCACGCGAGUCUCCGACUCUAAUACAAUGGGAACUCGCUCUUUUAUUGAACCCUACUGAUUUUCAGUUCACUUUCUUGAAGCCAUAGUUGUGUACAAACUAAACUUUUAUGAGGCAAUAGAGUGUUUUUGGGUCCUCAAAAGCUUCCCUUCUUUCUCAUUUGUAUGUUCCAUUGCUAAAGAUGUAGUGACAUGUAUAAUCUCAAUUUUUGUCCUUAA